AUGAAGGUCUUGAGAAGAGCUAUUCCUGAAACUAAAAAGAAAGAAAAAGAAGAGGAAAAAAAGAAAUCCCCUGAGAAGACUGUCCCUGAAGUAAAAAAAGCAGAGCCACUAAAAGAAAAAACUUCAAUUCCACCUAUAAAGAAAGAAGAGCCAGCAAAAGCUCCUGCAGUCAAACCAGCCACUAUAAAAGUAGCAGCACCAGUUUCCAAGACAGCAGCAGCAGCUAAAACAGCAGAAGAAUCACCCAAGAAGGAAAAGCUGGUGGAAACUGCCAAACCACUGAAGAAGGAAAUACCUGCAGUAGCUCUAAAAGAACCUGUAUCUGUGGAAAGUCAUAAGGUAAAAGAAACUGGACAAGCCAAACAGCAAGUCGUUGCAGUUCCAGCUAAGAAAGCAGUACCUGAAAAGAAGGAAGAAAAAACAGCGAAGGUUGUGGAGCAAGAUAAACCAAAGCCGAAAGAAACAAAACCUGUAAAAGAGAAAGAAGUGAAACCUCCAGCUGCAACAAAGGAUAAAGAGCAUGUCAAAGAAAAGGAAGUAAAGCAUCCUGCAGCUUUAAAAGAUAAAGAGCAUGUAAAAGAAAAAACUGUGAAGACUCCAGAAGUUUCAAAGGACAAAGAGCCUGUUAAAAGGAAAGAAGUGAAGCCUCCAGCAGCCUUAAAGGAAAAGGAGCCUUCAAAAGAAAAAGAAGAGAAGCCUCCAGUUGUUGUCAAAGAAAGAGGAGCCACAAGAAAACAAGCAGUGAAGCCUCCAGUUGUCGUCAAAGAAAAAGAACCUGAAGUCAAAAAAGAAGAAAAACCAGCAAAACCAGCUCCAGUGAAAAGUGAAGGUGAGAAGAAAGAACCUGAAGUCAAAAAAGAAGAAAAGCCAGCAAAACCAGUGAUUUUAGAAGCCAAAAAGAUGAAAGAUGCUAAAGUAGUCCUUCAUCCUGCUGCUGAAGGCAAAAAAGUUGAGGCCAAACUACCAACUACAGUAGUGGAACCUCAUGAACACAAGAAUGAAUCUAUUAAACAAGAAAAAGCUGUUUCCCGUGCCAAACCAGAGGAAAAAAUCAAACAAGAAAAGACAGUUCCCACUGAAAAAUCAGUCAAGUCAAAGCCAGCAAAGCAUGAAGCUGUUAGACACGAAAAAGAAGUUCUACAAACAAAAUCAGCCAGAUCAAAAGUAACUGCAAAACCAGCACCUGAUAUGACAGUAGCAGCCAAGAAAAAAAAAGAAAAGGCUGCAAAGGAAAGAGAAGCAAAAACAGAGAAGAAACAUCCCAAAGAGGGAAAAGCCAAAGCAGUGCCAACAGUAAAAGAAAUUCUAAGACAGCACAACCUGACAACAGAGAAGAUUUCUAAAGCUGCAAAAACAGCAAAAGAAUAUGCAGAAAUAAUAUCCAUUAAAAAAGACAAAGCUCCAGUCCGCUUCUUCCAAUGUGUCUUCCUAGAUGGAUAUAAUGGAUAUGGAUUACAAUUCCCCAUUACUCCAGCCCCCAGCCAUGAAAAGAGACCUGGUCAACCAAAGACUUCAGGGCGGAAGUCAAAGACAUCAGGACAGUAGAGAGACAUGUGAUCUGUGUAUUUUUGAGACUUCGCACUUUAACCCUUCUACUGAGUUCCACAGUAACUAUGGUGGUACUUGUUACUGUAGACAUGUGAUCCAGUAGAUCUCAUGCACCUGGAAACGUUUUUUACUGUCUGGUGCUGAGGGAAAAGAGGUGGUGGAUGAACAGUGUUCAUCCAAACAAUACUAAUAUUAUUCUUGAGGAAAGGCUUUGGUGUUGAAAUAGUGUUUGUCAGAUUGUGCAGUUUGUUUGUGCAUGUGCACUUUCCUGCCUCUUCUGCUCUUCUUAUUUUUCCCCUACCUGUUCUGAAUUCAGGUACAUCUAUUUUCCAUGUAGUGAUUUUUAAAGAGCAACAAAUAUAAAUGCAAGGACUAUUUCAAUAAGAUUGUUUUGCAAGAUUACCUGGAAUCCUAAAUCAUGUCCUGUCAAUAUUCAAUCAGAUCUCUGAUACGGAAAAAGCCUCAGUAAAUCUGAAAAUGUGCUCCAUAACUAGUGCUAUUUUUAUGUAUAAUUGACCAGUUUAGAAUGAAGCUCACAUCUUACCUUUAAGCUGCUCAGUGUACCAUAGAAAGGUUCACUAUCCAAACAGUUAAUUAUGAGUAUUUACAUUUAAGUUGAAGGCAAGCAAUACAAACUUGCUAUAUUUGCCCCUUAAGUAUGUAAAAUCAUAACACCUCAUUUCCCUUUCAUUUUGAGAUCUGGGGAAGUGAGCCAAGGUGGGCCUGCCAAAAGAGAGGUGAAGCAAGGAGGUAAAUUGUGAAGAUCUCAUGAAUGGGAAGGAAAUUCUUUUACUUCCUCUGUCUCUUCUUGGACAAAGUCAUUAUCAAGUCAGCGCAGACUGCAGAUAGAUCAUGCUGGCCAAUCAUUUGUUAGAAAAAGUCAGCAAGGAAGCUAUAUAAUCAGACAUUACUUGUGAAACAAAACCAAAUUUUCAAGUAAAAAUACCAACAUGAUACAACUUGGAGCAAUUAGCGAAAACAGGGCAUGUGCAAGAAAUCUUGUUAGUUAAUUUUGUCAGAUAAGAUGGAAGGCCUUAUAGGCUAUUAGCUGGGUCUCCGUCAAAGGGCACUGUAUUGUCAGUUACUUUUAGGAUGGGUGCAGCGAGUAAACAUGCCAGUCCUCAACCAUCUUGUUUAUUUCUUCAGAUGGAUUAGCUGUGCCAAAGAAAAGGAAUGCGCUGGUACUUGACCUAUGUGAAGGUGUCUGCUUGUAAAUCAGUUUUGUGAUUGUCUGUACAUGUCUAGCAAUGUAAAUAAUAAUGCAUUUUUGCAAGCUGCUAUUUUUCUUCCUUACUCUAUUUAUGAAUUUAAUCUGUGAACCAUAUAGCUAUGAUCCCAGUUUCAUAGUUACCAUCUGAAAUACCAUGAAUUUUAACAUAACUCAUGAAAUAGAUCCUCUCACGCCUGUAAAUCAUAUAUAGCUUUUUUUUUCAGUAUAGCUCAAGAUAAUAUUAUCAUAACACUGAUGCUUAUCUCAAUAGGAAGAUUGAUUUACAUAGGUUUCAGAUAACUAUGUCCCAGAAGGACUCAGGCAAUUUAUAAUGGGAUAUGGAGUUUUUUUACCUCUAGGUCACUGGGUCAGAUUGGUAAAGGCUGAAAGUUGUUACUUUCUGAUUGAUGUUCAGUGACCUAUAUGAAAUGAGUUCUUGGUCUUAGCACACUCUGUAUUAUGCCUCUCAAAAUCUACCAUCCCACCAGAUGGCCUUGACAGCCAUUUAGAAACUCAAUUACCAUCUUGUCUCUAGGGGCUGUUCUUCCCAAUCAGGAAGGGUACACACUGGGGAUGUGGUUGUAGAGUGCUCUGACUCUGCAGUAACCAGAGCUGUAAGCCUGGAACUCCCAAGGUUUUUUUCAGCAGGACUUCUCCCCCCUCCAUCCCCCCCAACCCCCCUCAGAGGUCCUCAUCACCCCAAUGUAUCUUUUGUGUCUCACCACAAAUUGUGUGUAUUUCAGUGUGUCAUUACACAGGUUGCUGUUCUAUGAUUUUCCUACUAAGUCUGUCUUAAUGAAAGGAUUAUAACUUUCAGAAGGUCAGCUUAUUUAAUUCAUAGCUUUAUCCAAUUCAAAUGAUCAUCACGACAUUUAAUUUUUUAUAUAUUCACAAGCUGUUGUGGUUUUUUUAGCUUUUUUUGACACUUGAUUUCCCUUUUUGCUCAUGUAAAAGCAGCAAAGAGUCCUGUGGCACCUUAUAGACUAACAGACAUUUUGGAGCAUGAGCUUUCGUGGGUGAAUUACCCACGAAAGCUCAUGCUCCAAAACAUCUGUUAGUCUAUAAGGUGCCACAGGACUCUUUGCUGCUUUUACAGAUCCAGACUAACACGGCUACCCCUUUGAUACUUUUUGCUCAUGAUGACUUGGCUAUUUCUCCCAUUGCAAUUUGAUUUGGGAAAGGACAAGAAUGUUUUUUAAGAGCCCAUUCCUCUAGCAUUUCAGUUAGAUAUCAGACUGGCUCUGAAGAAGUAAAACAUUUGAUCUGUGCUUCAAUAGACAAGUGAUGUAAAUCUGACCAUAGACAGUCACUUCCUAAUCUUGGUCACUGACAUGAAAACUACUAGUCACUCCUCGGUCAAAAUGGCAGUCUUUUUCCUUGGGCCUUCAUAAACUGAAUUUAUCUGAAACCUUAACAGUGCAUUACUUGACCUGCAUGGCUUUACUUGAAUCAAACUGAAAUGUUAUUAAAAUGUAUGCUUAUUCUCAUCAGUUUUGGAAAAUAAAACAUAUCUGCCUCUG